CCCCCCCCCCCCGGGGGAUCCGGAUCCGCCGGAGACUCGAGGCCGCGAGAUGGAGGUGACUGCGCUGACCGCUGACUUGGUCAGGGACAAGCUACUGAGGGGGCUGGAGGCCACCCACGUGGAAGUGGUGGACAUGACAGCGGAGAAAUGUUCAACAAGUUUCAAGGUGCUGGUGGUCUCGCCAAAGUUUGUGAACAAGCCCCUUCUACAGAGACACAGGAUGGUGAACGCCUGCUUGGCAGACGAGCUGAAGGCCAUCCACGCCUUCGAACAGAAGACGCUCAGCCCCGAGCAGUGGGAGAAGCAGAAGGCGCAGUGAGCUGGAAACCAGGGCCGGAGAGAGGGAGAGAAGGCUUCGAGGAGGGAGCUGAGGCCUGCCAGAGAUUGCCCCCUCCACCCCGAGGGCAAGGAUGUCGGGGAGUGGCUGUGCCAACCUGUGCCGCCGGUGGUGGGGGGGUGGGGGGGGGUGUGCUUGGCAGCGAGAGUUGCGUUGUACGUUGCUUUUGCUGUGCUUAUUCCUGUGACCUGACUUAUCUGUUACAAAUAAACUCUUCAGACGUC